AUGAGUGACAACGUAUUUAUUAAGAUUAUUGUAGUAGGUGAAUAAAAUGUUGGUAAGACUUGUAUCUUAGCAAGAUAUUCCCGUGAUUAGUUUGACACCACAUGCCCUCCCACAUUAGGUAUGGACUUCUAAUCUAAGUUACUUGAAUACAAGGGAAAAACAAUUAGAUUGUAAUUGUGGGAUAUAGCAGGUCAGGAAAGAUACAACUCUGUUUCUAAAUUAUAUGUUAGAGGAGCCUAUGGUGCUUUGAUUGUAGCUGAUGUCAAGGAAGAAGAGUCUUUGUAGAAUACUCUUAAGUGGAAGAAAAUGAUUGAAGACUCUUGCGAUCAAAAGAAUGGCAAACCUAUUCCUAUGAUCCUCGUUUAAAAUAAAGUUGACGAAUUAAAGGGAGUAGGACAAAUUUAAGAUUUCCAAAAAGAAAGUUAUUUAAAGAGUUUUGCCUAAUAAAACGGAUUCAAUGGAGCUCUAUAAGUUUCUGCAAAAGACAACACCAAUAUUCCUGAUAUUUUCAAUAUGCUUAUUGAUGAAAUUAUAAGCUAAGGCUUCCUCAGCAAUUUUGAUACUAGUGUUCCUGAUAAGAACUAUAAUAGACCAAGUAAUAAUGAUAAUUAUUCAAAUCCUCAAAAAAUCACUUCUUAACAAUUGUAAAAAAAUGCCCAAUCUUCCUCUUCUUCAAAGAAAAACUCAGGAGGUUGCUGUUGA